GGCUCUGCGGGGGCCAUUAGUGAGGCUCUCAAUGUAUAAUAGGAGGCCGACCAUAAGGUACAUCGCAAUGAGCAUCAAACACUCAACAUGAGUUUUACUCCUCAAUCAUAUCAUAGUGGAUUAAAGUUUUAGUGUCUACCUAUACUCCAUAAAUAUUCAUUCAUUCCUUUUAUCCAAAACCAUUCACCACCGUCAUGGGUAUUCUUCAUUUUCGCUCUCGACGAGCAACAUCAACGCAAACGCUUCCACUGAGGCCUUCCCAGCUUUCAACACACAGUGGAAAUGAACCAUGGACCUCUCAUUUGCCAUAUCAUCGACACUAUUCUCGGGCGCGCGACAUUGAGCACAGAGAAAAUAGCUACGAAAGUACCAGUGAAAGCUCAGGCGACGAAUCUUGUUGUGAGCCCGAGUCUGAGCAAUGGAAAAACAGCACAUUGCUCAGCGACCCCAGGACCCAACUUGGGAGGCAGCAUUUACUACCAGUGGCUCGGGAACAGUUUCAAAAGUUCGUCUCGGAAGUUAUCUACACUGAGCCACCGCGAGCACAACAAGAAUGCGGAAACGAAUCAGUAUGGCCGCUUCCGAUGGACACAAUUACGGAGGGCAAUGAUCAAUAUUGCACAAGCGACGACUCUUUUGUUAUCAUACCAACAUUGGAGAGAUACUUCCACUACCGCUGCCCAUUCCACGCCUCCAACCCAAGGAAAUACCAAAGCUGUCUGGUUCAUCACGAACUCCAUUCGAUUGAGAGUGUGAUAAAGCACGUAAAACGGCAUCACGCUAGGCCGCCUUACUGCCCAAGAUGCUCCAAGGUUUUUGAGACCGUGUCAAAAUGCGACAGGCAUAUCCUGGAUAGAAGAUGCAGAGCCAGGCCUCUUAGAAUUCCCGACGGUGUCAAUUUCUACCACAAGAGCAGGCUCUCAAUGAAAGAUAACCAUCAACUGUCGGACCAAAGCCGUUGGGAGCGAAUUUAUAAGAGGAUAUUCCCAGAGUCAGCACACUGUCCUUCGCCAUAUUUAGACACUGGGGCCGGGCUAGCAGUAUCUAUGGUGAGAGAUUUCUGGAGACUGCAAGGACAAGAUGUCAUAUCAGAAUUUCCAGGAGCCCAGAAUUGGGCUACCUCCGACCAAGAGCAUAUUCUCGUUGCACUUUUUGAGCUGGUCCUGUUUGAUCUCAUUGGGCAAAUUGUAGAGGAAGGUUGAGGUUUAGGGCGACAAUGUGAUCUACUGAUGGGAGUUCUGGACCAUAUAUGCAUAUCUCAUUCUUAAUAUAAGUAUUAGUUAUUAAGAGUUUAUUAAAAUAACUAACACAUAAUAGCUAGAGUAUUCUUAUAUUUUAGGAUAUAAUAUUACCUCUAUUGUUAAA